GCUUUUACGUCAUCGCGGGCGCGACGCCCCGAGGGACAGACAGGGGUCCGGCUCGAGGGGAAGGUACGGCGGCGGGACCGGCUGGGAAAAUGCCAGUGGCAGUGAUGGCGGAAAGUGCCUUUAGUUUCAAAAAGUUGCUGGAUCAGUGCGAGAACCAGGAGCUCGAGGCUCCAGGAGGAAUUGCUACACCCCCAGUGUACGGCCAGCUUCUAGCUUUAUAUCUGCUCCAUAAUGACAUGAAUAACGCAAGAUACCUUUGGAAAAGAAUACCGCCUGCUGUGAAGUCUGCUAAUUCUGAACUUGGGGGAAUUUGGUCAGUAGGACAGAGAAUCUGGCAGAGGGAUUUCCCCGGGAUCUAUACGACCAUCAACGCGUACCAGUGGUCUGAGACGGUCCAGCCAAUCAUGGAGGCACUUAGAGAUGCAACCCGGAGACGCGCCUUCGCCCUGGUCUCGCAGGCCUACACCUCCAUCGUCGCCGACGACUUCGCAGCCUUUGUCGGGCUUCCUGUGGAGGAGGCUGUGAAAGGUAUACUAGAGCAAGGUUGGCAAGCUGACUCCACCACAAGGAUGGUCAUGCCCAAGAAGCCAGUUGCAGGGGCCCUGGACGUCUCCUUGAACAGGUUUACUCCCCUGUCAGAGCCUGCCCCGGUUCCACCCAUCCCCAACGAGCAGCAGUUAGCCAGACUGACCGACUACGUGGCUUUCCUCGAAAACUGAUGGAUCGCUCUGAGCUCAAGAUCCACCUUCGAGAUCUGACAGAGAAUGUCAAAUGUUUAUUUUCAAUUUUAUUGGAUGGAUUAAGCACCUCAGCAUUCCUUAGUGUGUGAUAAAAUAUAUAAUAUAAAGUAUAUUAUAUAUAUUUUGUCCUUAAACAUGCUGAAUGGUUGUUGAAACGAUUCUCACUUUGUGAUUUUCGACAGUUUGGGUGGAGCCCGUCAGUAUUACGCAGUCAGUUUGCAUUUCCUAGUGACUCACAGAACACAGCUCUCCUGCUUCGUGUAGAAUGGUGGCCGGCAGCUGUCUCCCCCGCCCGCCGCGCCCGCGCCCGCGCUGCUGGGUGACGGCUGUGGUGGCGCGUCUGCCGUUUGAGGACGACCGUCCCCGGGGCAGCGCCUGAGCUGCCGGGGGUUCUGCCUCCCCUUUGGAGAUUGUGCUCUCUCGUCCUCUCCCCUCCUGAGCGUCACAAAUGUAAAAUGCUGAGGUGUAACUGAGGCUCAGAGGCCCGUUUCCUCAGUAGGCCGGGGUGCUGCCUCCGGGUUCUCCCCCGAGGGCGUGAGCGCGUCCACUGCUGGCAGCGGAGGGCUUGCCGUGAAAGCGCGACUUGCGUAAGACACCCGGGAGGAGCGUUAAGUGGCGACGUCUCCCUCCGGAAGCGAGGUGUCCGCGCGGAACGCGUUGUGCCGGGAGAGCAGCCGUAAGACGCGCGGUGCGCUUCGCGCCGCCGGCCUGCAGCCUGUUCGUUCUUACGUUUAGCCCGCGUCGAGUUCUGACUUUUGGAGAAAUGCUAAACAGGUUGUUCGUUUUCUGUGUGGCAGCCCUCUGAAUAUUUGAAGUUUAUUGUAUAUUCAGGUUAAAACCACCCCCUAGUUCAUUUAUUCUGCAUUUGUUCAAUAAAUAUUUAAUUGAA